CUAAACUUGUCAUCGUUCCAGCAAAGCUUUGCCCUCUGUCUUUAAACCUCUGUUAUCAUUUCGGCCCAACAAGCAGCCACUAACAAUGCCUCCUAAGAAGACUAAGAAGGCCGACAAGGCUAAAGACAAUAAGCCUACGGUCAAGACUAGAGCUAUGGCAAGAGCGGAGGCCGCAGCCGCAGCCCCUGUUGCCGGCGCCAUACCUGUGGUCGCCCCCGUGGCCGCACCCCUGGCCACUCCUGUCACGGCUGGCAAGCGUCCUAGAAAAACGCCAGCACCAAAGCCAACUACAGGGGUCAAGCGCAAGCGUAAGGGGAAGGGUGAUGACUCCGGAGGCGACAGCGAUAGCGACAAGCCGGCCAAAGGAGCCAAACGAAGGCGCAAGGCCGACGACGACGGCAGCAGCGACGACAUCAGCGGCAGCAGCAAUGACGGCAACGACUCUCCUAACGAUGAGGAGCGGGUGUUGCGUGGGCGUCUUGAUGACGCCCUUGAUGCUAUCGAGGAAGCCCUCCGUGCUGUUGGUCGUGGGUAUUAUAAAGACAUACUCCUAUCGGAGCACAAAUCAACAGAAACUCGUCGUCAGAAGCGCGCAAAGGACAAGACAAUCCCAUUCGAUCAGCAUAUCGAACCAUUGACCACCAAAAAGCGCAGAUCCAAAAACUUCCCUGAUGGAUUUGUAGUUGUCACAAACGCCGAAUUGCAGGAGAUGAAAAGAGUUCUAGCAAGUCUCCUUGUCGAUAAUCUGGUAAAAAAGAGAAUUCAGCAUCCCAGGUCUGAAACAGAAACCAAGACUCCGGCCAAACAAUGGAAAAAGCACGGCCUUACACUUCGAGAGCUUCUCGAUUUAUAUAACCACACAGGCCCUGCCGUGGAGGAACCUACUCGCUCUGCACUCGAAAAGAAGUGUAAGGAGUAUGGCUUAAAUACCGUCGGCGCCACUCUGUGGGACCUGGACAAGGCCGUGACUCUGUACGAGCUCGCGGCUAAGAAACGCCUAUACGACUUGCCUCAGGGUGAAAUGGAAGAUAUCGUGUCUGCGCUAUGGAGCGUCCAAGCGGAAGCAGCAAAUGGCAAGAGAUUGGACGAGGAUCAGCGAAGAAACAGAGACAACGAGAUCAUGAACCAAGAAGUCGUGACCAUCAGCAGCGGUGGUCGAACUCAACAAUUCACACAGGUGAACGUCUCAGGGGUAGGGUUCCGUUGCAUGUGGCAUGCAAUCCAAGAAAUCUGGCUUGGACAGGAACAGGGGCAUGGUACCACUUUCGGAGAGCGUUAUCCCGUCAAUUCAAGGGUGAUAGAUCUAUGGGAGGAGGUCAUGCAUCAACCCGAUGGUACAACAAACCCAGCUCGUUUGAGCCGACGCGCGCUCUACAGAGCCAUGCAGUGGGACAGCAUCAACGCUCGUGACGGCAGCUUGGAAGACCGCUUGUACAACAUGCAAAUGGGUGACAUUGACAUGGUUCAGCUGGUUGCCGACGCGCUUGACGUCGAAAUUUUCACCUACACACCUCAGUACGAAUCAGACGGCACGACCUCGUGGAUCAGACUUGCACGCGGCCAACCACAGACCGACCCUCAACGACAGAUCCAUAUUGCCAACUAUAUGCACUCAAUACAUUGGACUGCGUUACGACCUGUAGGAACUUUUGCCAUGCCUGAUCUCGACCCAAUGGCCACGACCCCAAACUUCACCCUGGACCCUCCAGGACCUGUACCCCGUCUUCCUAUUGGACACAUUGACAAUUUCGAUCUCAGACCUGAAGCAAGGCAUGAUGAUCCCGAAGAUGGUCAUGUUGCGGAUUGCACGGUGAGGGACCUGGCGGAUGGAGAGACUGAGGAGGCAACCGAGGAUGAGGAUGAGUAUGAGUAUGAGGAUGAGGAUAUGGACGAGGAAGAGGAAGAGCAAGCGGAAGAGGGAGAGGAAGAGGAAGGAAAAGAGGAACAGGAAGAGGAUGACGAAGAGCAAUACGAGUUUUACGAGUAUUAUGCCGAAGAUGGUACCCCCUCGGCCGGUGGAAAUGGUGGAGGAGUUCCGACUGUGGUUGUCUCCCACUCACCCUCAAGCAAAUCAUCUCCAUGGAACGACAGGAAUGACGGAAGACCCCUUUUUAGCCCUCGAUCACCUACAAGAGUCGACCGCAUCAUCAUCAUCUUCUUCAUCGUCUUCCUCAUCGUCUUCAUCGUCAGCUUCAUCGCCACCUUCCAAGUCAACUCCAUCUUCAAAGACGAAUCAGCCCCCUCAAACUUCCUUAGAACCUCCAAACAACUGGGUAGGCACUUCAUGGACCCACGAGACAAACAGAGAAAGACGGGCAAGAAGACGAGCUCGUCAAAAGUCAAGAAACAGAGCGCGCAACAGAUUUACCCCUCCCCCUCGCGCGCAGAGGAACAUCGUCAAGAAGCCAGCGUACAAGAGCAAGGUGUACAUGGAUUGGCUACGUGCAAUGUAUAGUCCCGAGAUGGUUUCUGGUGCUUUGCGAUCUCCAUUGUCGAGAACAUCAACACGAUCGAUUCGUCUUCCGCCGCCGUCUUGAGCCUUGUUAGAUCUUCUACCUGAUACAGUAGAUGAC